AUGUCGCAGACCCUGACCGUUCUAUGCGCUGAUAACACCUCCCUGGAGGAGUACGAGACAUCUCCAGGCCCUUCAAAGCUGGAAGUAACCUCAAGCAAUGGCUUCCUCUUCUCAAGCCUCGACUCAGCCCUACCGACCGCUCCCAUCGAGCCACUACUCACACCACACCAGACCUCCCCUUUCCUCCACCUUUCCCAGGAACUCCGCCUCCAUAUUUACGAGCUUGCCAUAGAAGCACCAACAGGCUACCAGCGAGUGCGAGCCGAUGGCGGCCGAAGCCUCUACUGCGUAGACUGGACUACAGCUUCGAAGACGCGAGACGAUUACACUUACCACUAUCCCACUGCGCACAGAAUACAAGUCCUGAUGUCGGUGUGCCGGACCACACGUCUAGACCUGCUGGAAACAUUUCUGCGGGACAGGAUCGUGAAGUUCCCAGCUUAG